CGCCAAACACACUUCAACUCUUUUGCUUGGCGUCUCGGAAACUUGCGUCUUCCUUGCGGCCGAGUUUUCACGUUUGUUUCAUUCCCAGAGCCUUAGGCACCCCAAUCCUCGAUGCCCCUCUUCCGCUAGCCCAGCUCAACACGCUCUUACCCACAUCACUGCUGGCCCAUUCUCACCACUUCAUCUGACGGACACGUCCUCGCCGCAUCCCGCCCGCGAUCAUGAGCGACGACAACCGGGACCUGCUGCGGUUGGCCGGAGAGUACGCCGAGCAGGAUGUCGACCUGUACGAGCUGCUGGGCGUCGACGCCCUGACUACCAAGGAGGACAUCCAUCGCGCCUGGCGCAAGCGGUCACUCAAGUACCACCCGGACAAGGCGGGCGCCGACUUUGACGCCGCGAAGUGGGAGCUCUUUGAGCGCGCCCGUGACGUGCUCGCGGACCCCCCGGCGCGGGCCGCCUACGACGCCGCGUCCGCGGCCAAGCUCCUUCGCCGCCAGGAGCGCCAGGCCAUGGACCAGGAGCGCAAGCGUUUCGCCGACGACCUCGAGGCGGCGGAGCAGGCGGCGGCGCGGGCGCGCAGCGAAAAGACGCAGCGGGAGCGCGCGGCCAUGCAGGAGGAGCGAGAUCGGCUGGCCGAGGCGCAGCGCGUGCGCGACGAGGAGCGACGGCGGCAGGAGGCAGCCGCGCAGGAGGUCGAGGACCUGGCCGAGGCGCGGAGGCGGGUCCGCGAGAAGAAGGAGGAGAAGUCGCGUCGGCGGCAGGCGCGCGAGGAGAUGAAGGCCUCGCUGGGGAAGCGGGCGCCCGCGGGGCCGUCCAACGGCGCGGUCGCCGUGCCGGGGAACUACGUCGUAGCGGGCGAGGGGGACGGCGACGCGGGCAAGAAGUACUGGGAGCUCGUGUGCGACAAGCUGCGCGCGGUGCAGGCGGCUCGGAACCUGCAGAAAGUGGGCGCGACGGAGAAGGAGCUGCAAGAUGCGGAGAAGGGCGUCCAGGACGCGCGGAGGAGGAUUUUUGACGCCGAGGCCAAGUACCAGCGCGAGACGGCAGCCAUUUGAGAUACCCAUCAUACCCCGAAGCGAAGCGAUUUUAUUUCUCAGACGCAAAUAGACACACAACUAUGGCUCUACGACCUGCACGCACCGAAUCGUCAUCACUUGGGAGCAAGAAAUCGACAUGAGCGGAUUAGAAGCUGGGCGGUUAUUGGGCUCUAGGCUUCUUCAUGCAACCUCAGGAUGCGGACGG